GAUACUUUCCAACUAUAUCAUCGAUAUGAGGAGCCACGACGAGAACAAAAGGCCCGGUCGGUAUUGAGUGGGCCUGCUCUGCCGGCACUGGGCAAUGCUGUUGCUGGUGCGGUGGGGGCGGCGCUGUCGAAUGUGGCUACGUAUCCGUUGAGUUUGAUUGUUGCGAGGUUGCAGACGCAGAGGAAUAGAAAUAGGAGGUCGGGUGAGAAAGGGGAGAAGGGUGGGGAGGAAGGGGAGGAAUAUACGAGUGUUUUUGACGCAGCGCGCAAGAUCUACGCCCAGGAAGGGAUCGGGAGCUUUUAUACCGGUCUGGCGCAGGAUACGAUCAAGUCUGUGGCUGAUUCGUUUCUGUUCUUCCUGGCGUAUGAGUUCUUUCGACAGCGGAGGACCAGGGCUCGGUUUGGGAGUGGAAGGAGGAGCAAGCAUAAGGUUUUACCGGUGUUGGAUGAGUUGGUGGUUGGGGUGUUGGCGGGGGCGUUUGCCAAGUUGUUUACGACGCCGUUGGCGAAUAUUGUGGCCAGGAAGCAGACGGGCAAGACUUCUGAGGGGACGAGGGAUAUUGCGGCGAGGAUUAGGGCUGAGAAGGGGCUGAGGGGGUUUUGGUCCGGGUAUUCGGCUUCGUUGAUCCUCACGUUGAAUCCGUCGAUUACGUUCUUCUUGAAUGCCGUGUUGAAGUAUGCGUUGCUUCCACGGAAUCAGCGACAGAGGCCGUCUGCGAUGGCGACGUUUUUGCUGGCGGCGAUUAGCAAGUCGGUUGCUUCGUCGGUGACGUAUCCGAUUUCGAUGGCGAAGACAAGAGCGCAGGUCGCUGGGGAUCAAACGGAUGGGGACAAGAAGGAGGAGGAUGAGGGGAUUUCGUUGACCCCGGCGAUUAUUAGUAAUGUGGUGGCAAUUGCGCGCACCGAGGGUGUUGGUGCUCUUUAUGCUGGGCUUCCGGGCGAGGUUCUCAAGGGGUUCUUCUCACAUGGUUUCACGAUGUUGGCCAAGGAUGCGGUGUACUCGGCUAUCGUGAAGAGCUACUAUCUUCUGUUGAUGGCGCUUCGAAGGUAUCCGACGCCGGAGGAGCUGCUGCAGCGCACCCGUGAACAGGCGGAGGAAUAUGCAGAUGCUGCCCGUGAAGGUGCUCGUGAUCUAGUGGAGAGAACCCGGAGUGGCACCGAGGAGAUUCUGAGUCACCAGGCUGGCGGUGUGACGGUGGAUAUGACUUCAAGUGAUACUAGUACGGGCGCAGAGAUGGCGAGAUCGAAUGAGACGGCGGAGAUGGUGGGGGAUUAUGUCGAGGAGGAGGGAGACGCAAAGGAUUUGUAUCAUUGCUCAUCCCUCCAUCCCAGCAGCAUCCUCAUGUCGGCCGAACCACAUCUAAGUCCCGGUCUAGGGGACCUGGAGAAGGAACUCACCUGCUCGAUCUGCACAGAUUUGCUCUACCAACCUCUCACCCUCCUCGACUGUCUUCACACCUUCUGCGGCUCCUGUCUGAAAGAAUGGUUCUCUGCACAAGCUUCCCGUGCCCGGUCAUCUGUCCGCUUCACCUGUCCCUCCUGUCGAGCGGUCGUUCGCGAAACCCGCCCUAAUGCUACCGUCACAACGUUGCUGGAUAUGGUCCUGGCGGCGAGUCCCGACCGAGAUAAAUCGGCAGAGGAAAAGGAAGAGAUCGCACAGAAAUACAAACAUGGGGAUUCGGUGUUUCCUACACUGCCUUCGUCAGAACGUAGCGCUGCUGCGUCGGAUGAGGAAGAUCGGAGAUUGCUGGAAGAGGUUCGGGAACUCAGUCUCCAGGAAAGUCGGGCCCGGACGAGAGCUACCGGUCAUCGGUCAAGGCAGUCGUCCCGGACUCGUCGUACUGAGAGUACAGAUGUGGAUGGGUCACGACGACGACGAGAAGAGGAACGUGCUGCCCGACGACGGCCCGGGGACAAUGUUUCUGAGCGUACCAGACGCAUAGAACACCAGUCUAGUCUGCGGUCGUUGUUGAGUUUGUCGGAUACGGAGGCUAUCCAGGAGGAGAUUUUGCGGCAGAUCCUCGAAGAAGGGCUGCUGGAUGAUAUUGAUAUGGAUAAUCUUGGUCCGGCGCAGGAGGAAGAGCUUAGUGAACGCAUCGCUGAUGCUUAUCGGCGGAGGCAUAGGUUGCGGGCACGCUCGCAGCAACGGCUGGAGGCCCCAGAGACGCGACAGGCGUCCUCGAGGUCUCGUGCUCGGUCGCAGUCGGUGCAGAGACCCCAGGAAGCUUCUACACAGAAUGACUCGAGCCGGAACCCUCCUGUCUCGAGACCCUAUCUGCUUGACCCGCUGGUGUCGCGCAACGGGGCUUCUGGUCACCAGAGGCGAUUGUCGGAGCAGGGUAGCAGUCAACGACGGACAUCCCCUGUGCGUGCGAAUCCGGCGUCUUCGUCCGAGGUCACGCUGAGACCUGCGACACGGUCGUCCAGUGAUGUGGUCGCUGAACGUCCUCGGAAUUCGCAAGCUGCACGAGUCAGGAACGAUUCUUCUACGCCACGGUCUCGACGUGCAACAGCGUCUGAGCAGAACGUUCCGAAUAUCUGGGUGGAGGGCACUAGGGAACGUGCAAUUCGUCGCCCAGGGAGGUUGUCGAUCGAUUCCCCACGAGUGGUUGCAUCGCCUGAGCAGAGUACACGCACUGGUUCCUGGCCAGCAAGUCCUGGGGUACCUACACCUGCAACUGCACCUGCGACUAGUUCUCUGGCAGCAGAGGUCGGCUCAGGCAGAGAGCCACGGUCCCGACCAUCUUCGUCUCGAUCCAAUGCACCUCGAUCGACCACUUACAGGGAGCCGUCUAUAUCAUGCGACCAAUGCGGCAAGCCUGACAUCCAAUACGAUCUACACAAGAGAUGCCCCAAGUGCAAUGACGGUAAAUACCACCUCUGCGCGAGAUGCUAUCGCAUCGGCCGUGGGUGUCCCAACUGGGCAGGCUUCAGAGCAUCUGCAGAAGCGAGUUUUGAACGAAUCAUCGCUUCCUCGAGUGGUCAUUCUCAACCAGUGUCUGACUCUCAGCAACACAUCCUCCAAUCCUGCCAGUACCGCCGUGCCCCAGACACAGCCUACCGUUCGGACAGUAAUGGACGAACCGUGACCACUGACGACCCCUCCCACCGAAUGACAACCGGUUUCUUCUGCGACAGCUGCCAGUCCCCAGCUAAUGACUGCUACUGGAAAUGUAAUCAAUGCAAUGAAGGCGACUGGGGCUUCUGCAACCGCUGCGUAAAUCAAGGCCGGUGCUGCACACACGCUCUCCUUCCCAUCUGCCGCAUGACGCGCAGCCCGUCUUCCUCGCCAUCUCCAACUGCCACCAACAACUCCCCAUCUCGCUCUCCCGAAACAUACAAGAUCCUCUCUAUUGCUACGAACUGCGACAUCUGCGCCAAUCCGAUCCCAGACUCCACCCCCCGCUUCCACUGUCUUCAAUGCAACGACGGUGACUACGAUAUUUGCACCAACUGCUACCUCCGUCUUGUGGCGAUCGGCAAGAUCCGCAAAGAAAACGGCCACAAUGGCUGGCGCCGCUGCCUCAAGGGCCAUCGCAUGAUCGUCAGCGGAUUCGAAGAACACGAAGAUGGCCAACGUCGUGUCAUCGUCCGCGAUUUAGUUGGCGGCCGGGCCCUCAACGACGACCACCUGCAGCCCUCCCCGGCAGCCACCCCAGUCACCGCACACUUCUCUCCAAACCACAACGUUGCCUCUCCCGAAGUCGGAUCCGGCGACUGGAGCUGGAAAGAGGGCGCCGAGCGACGGAAAAAGGCCUCUCGCAUGCGACCCUGGACGAUUGGCGACCGCGACCGGGCCUCGGAACCAAGCACACCCAUCGCCAGUCCCUCCCCAUUCUCUCUAUCCACCCCGGCCCUUUCAUCGCAGAAUGCAUCAUCUACCACCCGUCGAUACCCCCCAGACGGCGGUGUCGGACUAAUCGUCCAUGCUCUGUGGUCCUGGUACCCCGAGGACGGCGUCAAAGACGAACUGAUGUUCCCACGAGGCGCAGAAAUCACCGAGGCAGAAAACAUCAACGACGAUUGGUACUGGGGAUGCUAUGCCGGGCUAACGGGACUAUUCCCGGGCGCACAUAUAUUCGUGGCCGGGGAGGUGGCGUAG